AUGAAUACCCUCUCCAACCAUGGCUUCGUUCCCCAUGACGGCCGAAACAUUACCAAAGAUAUUCUCAUCAAGGCCCUCAACGAUGCGCUGAAUGUGCCCGAGGCGCCAGCUCUCAACAUCUUCAACAAUGCUCUGGUGGUCAAUCCUACUCCCAACGCAACUUUCUUUGACUUGAAAAUGCUACACGCCCACAACGUCAUCGAGCAUGAUGGUAGUCUGUCUCGCAAAGAUGCCAUCUUCGACCCCACCAACCCUUUCGACGUGGGGACUUUCGACAACUUUGUUAACUACUUUGGAGAUGAAGAGGCCAUUAAUAUAACGAUGAUCGCGAACGCCCGAGCUAGACACGCUUAUGAUAUGAGUCUCAUCAACCCGACUUUUUGGAUUACCGAUGCCCAGAUCCCAGUCAUUGUUGGCGAGAAUGCAUUCUUGCUGGCAAUCUUUGGCGACCCAGAUGUUGCUGUUGCUAACAGAACCUUCCUGGAGUACUUCUUCCGCAAUGAGAGGUUUCCCGUCGAGCUUGGCUGGUCCCCUAACAAAACACCUAUCGACGCGCAACUCGGUCCCAUCGUGCAAGAUAUCAUCGCCCAAAGCCCUGCGGACGUGCCCUUGACGUUUACGCCACAGACUGUAAGCCUGGCAAAGGUCAACUAG